AUGUUUGGCGCCUUCCUGCUUCUACCGUUCCUUGAUCUCGUCGUUCUUGCCAAGUCCGUCAACAGCCCCUUCGGCGUGCUGAACGGCCGUGUUGUGGAGGUUGGAGGCGAGCUGCCGGCCGUUGCUCAAUAUUUGGGUGUUCCUUAUGGCGUCUCUCCGACGGGUCAAGUAAGUCUUGUUGUUACAGUAUGUCGUUUUAUAGGCUUAAUAAACGAAAUAUUGUUUUCUAAUAUGUGUUCGUUUUAAUAUUGCUUUCAGCAUCGGUUCAACAUGGCCAUAUCAGCAGCCAAAUGGACUCACAAGCCUAAAGACGCUACUCAGAUGGCAGCAGUUUGUGUACAGUCAGGCUUCAAACAUAUGUCGGAAACAGAGUACGUGCUAUACCUUACCGAUGAUACAAUUGUUACACUUUUUUGAUAUUGUUCAUGACAAUUUCAGAGCUCUUCAAAAGACGUCUGCUCAACGUUUCGACUAUAUUCAUCGGGUAUUACCAUAUCUAAAGCCACAGUCGGAAGACUGUUUGUACAUGAACUUGUACGUUCCGGAACGUCUAGGUAAGUUGUAUAUAAUUAAGUGUCGUUUAUCGGAUAUUUUGAAAAAAUAUUGUUACAGCAAUGUUAAUUUCUUUAAAUAUUCAGAUGACGCUAUCAACCUCUCCGUUCUUGUUGUAAUUCACGGCAGUGAGUACGGUUGGAGCAGUGGAAAUGUGAUAAACGGGUCUAUGUUGGCUGCCUCAGGGCAGGUUAUUGUUGUUACUUUAAACUACCGUCUAGAUGUAUACGGUAAGUUACACAUUAUUAACAUAACUUUUCCUAGGCUUCCUAAGUAGAUGCGAGGCUUCGGCUUGUACAGGUAAUGCCGGCCUGACAGACUUGGUAGCCGCCCUCAAAAUGCUGAGUAAGAUCCUACCAGCAUUUGGGGGAGAUCCCCAGACCGUCACCUUAAUGGGCUGGGGCUCUGGAGCAGCGUUAAUAUCUUUGCUGAUGGCUUCUCCCAUCACACAGCCCAACAAUCGGCUGUUCAAGAGAGCCAUCCUGCUCGAUGGAACAGCGUUGUCACCGUCGGCAUUGAGUGAAUAUCCACAACAGUACUUCAUGAGGAUAGCCGAAGAGUUGAAGGUAAGGUCAACUAUAAUGUAUACAUGUAUUCAGUGUGUGACCAAUACUCCACACAACUCGAAGGACAUGUUCAACAAAGAGACUUCGCACAUCUUGAGGUGCAUUCAAGAACAAAGUCAGAUUAACCUGACCAUGGCUGCUCAGAAGAUCAAGGCUCCCACGUUUACAUCAGCAUUUGCACCGAUUGUUGACGGCCAGGUAAAUUAGUUACAGUAAUACUGAUCAUCUUGUUUUAGGUUGUUCCAAAUCAUCCACGCUUCAGCUUCAGUCCCAAGUUUGGAAGUCUGUUCAGAGAUAUCGACUUGUUAGCUGGUACGGUGUCUCACCCGUCACACCAUCUACUCUCUCACGACGAUCUUAGCCACGGAAUUCACGUCGAGAAACGCGACAAAAUCAUCCGGUAAGAACUCUAAGUGAUCACUUUUACUUUAAUAAUAUUUUUGUUUCUUUACCAAUUUAUUCUUUUCAUACGUUUUUCACUCCACAAUCCGCUAUAAUAUAAUUUUAAUUUCAGAACGUUAGUACGAAACUUAUUUGACUUCCACCGUACAGAAGUGUUCGAUGCUAUUGUGAACGAGUAUACAAAUUGGGAAGAGCCUGCAGUAAGUUAACACACUUCUUUGUCUAUAUUUAUAUUCUCAGAAUCACAGUCGAUCCAUACGAGAUUCGUUGUUGAAUAUCCUUGGCGACAUCCUCUACGUCGCUCCUUUGGUUGAAACCCUCAGAAUGCACGCCACAGACGAAGCCUCAAUGUCAUCAAACUCUUUUUUGUAAGUUAUUUAUGUCAUAUAAUGUUGUAUUUUACUCUUCUGAUUGAUACCUAUUCAAAUUCUUUUUAGUUUCGUAUUUUCUCACGAAUCGACCGAAAAUGAGAAGCGAGGAGUCAGAGGUGCCAUCUCUGACGAGCACGUCCCUUACAUACUCGGGUAUCCAUUGCUAGAGACAAACGGGAAAAACGUAAGUCACAAAACAUUACUGUACUGUAGAAAUUUAGAUAUUUGACGGAUUCGCGGGGAACGACAAAGACAUAUCAAAGGUGAUGAUGACUUAUGUUUCCAACUUUGUCAAAACAGGGUAAGUAAUCGGUAUAUAAUAUCUGUUAUACUGUUUUUAGGGACCCAUCAAGACCAAAGAUGUUUUCGACUCAAACAACCAUUGAAGACAGGUUUCACAGUGUUCCGUGGCCACAGUUCAACCAGGCGACACGAGAGUCGUAUCUUGAAAUUUGUAAGUUUUGCCAGCUAGUACUGUAAGCAUUAAUCUUCUUAACCUUAAAUCAAUUUGUUAUGCAAAUCGUGAUUACAGCUGAUCGACCUCGGGUUAAGAAUUUCUACCGCAACUCUUACGUUGGCUUCUGGAACAACUACAUACCUAGGUUGAGCAAGAACAAAGAUGAAAGAGACAGAAAUGUAGACGAAGAGCACCACUUCUUGCCUGACCACUUUAACAAACAGUCUUUCUACGGUGUGGUACGCCCUUACUCGAACUUAAACAACCACCCCUUCCCUCCUCCGCCCAUGCCUCCCACACCUCUGCCUAAAGAUCUCAAAAAACUUAGUACAAGUAAGUGCACUACAGUAAUGUUCAUCCAGAAUCAUACAUGGUGCUAAUUUUAAAAUUUCAGCAAUUAAACCAAAACCCCAAGUAGCGCCUACAGAAGCUGCAGAAGCGUCAUUAAAAGAAAGCAACUACAACCACAUCUUUGUGUUGGCCAUUGUUUUCGGGUUUGCUUUCAUUGUCAUCAACACAUGCAUAUACAUCGCGAUGUACAAACUUGUAAGUACAUAGAAUCUCAUAGCCUUACUGAGUUACAACACCAUCUACUUUUAGUGUCAGAAAAACAAAUCCGACACCAAAAAACGGCCGCCUUAUUCGCCUUACACCAGUGCUCACGGUAACCCUUCUGAGGUUACCUACAUACCAAACACGCCUUUCAGCCAACAGGUAAUGUACAAAACAAAGUCAAUAUAAUUUUGCCGUGUUUGCAGUUAUUACCUCCCUCACAAACCGCUUUAACAGGUCCAGAUUUACCUCCGAUGCCGUCACGUAAUCACUCACGUGACGAGACUUCUCGAGCUUCCAGUUUUGCCUACGACUCGUCGGCCAACUCGAUACGGCAUCAACACCUGCCUACGGGCAUCUUUCACGACAGCCAAAGUGGGUUUAAACACAAAAAUUACGGUUGCUCUUAUUUCAGAUAACAUUCAGCAAAAGUUCAACAUGCAAGAGCAGGUGUGUUAUAACCCUCAUUACUAACCUACUGUCUUUCCUAUGUUUUCUGAAUAUUAUCAUGUUAUCUUCAUUUAUCUUAAUGUUUCAAUUCAGGAGCCUCUCCUAGCUGGAAGUUCUAAAAGCUCAACGCCAGCACUGAUUCGGCCGGGGAUUUCGCCGACUUGCCCCAGACACGGUAAAGCGGCCCAAAUGAUGGUCUCACAAAGUCGUGCCAACUCUGUGGGGACUUCUAUGGUAGUAGUGCCCCACCUUAAUCAUUUGACUCACAACACUCCUGCCUUAGAAGAAGUUCAAGUUUGA